AUGACAAAGACUGACCAGGACACGACAAAGACUGACCAGGACACGACAAAGACUGACCACAACACGACAAAGACUGACCACAACACGACAAAGACUGACCACAACACGACAAAGACUGACCACAACACGACAAAGACUGACCACAACACGACCAAGACUGUCCAGGACACGACAAAGACUGACCAGGACACGACAAAGACUGACCACGACACGACAAAGAUUGACCAGACCACGACGAAGACUGACCACAUCACGACAAAGACUGACCACAACACGACAAAGACUGACCACAACACGACAAAGACUGACCACAACACGACAAAGACUGACCACAACACGACAAAGACUGACCAGGACACGACAAAGACUGGCCAGGACACGACAAAGACUGACCACAACACAACAAAGACUGACCAGGACACGACAAAGACUGACCACAACACGACAAAGACUGACCACGACACGACAAAGACUGACCAGGACACGACAAAGACUGACCAGGACACGACAAAGACUGACCAGGACACGACAAAGACUGACCACGACACGACAAAGACUGACUAG